CCGUCCUCUUUUCUCGCCAAACUCUGUAUGAACUUUAUCCGAUCGCUGGGACGUUCCUUCUAUUCUGACACAUCUCAUCUGGGACGGCGCUUCAUCUUCUCUCGUACUCCUCCAGCGCGCAAUAUGGCAACUAUGACUCUCGACAAGUUCGGCAACUUCGAUUUGGUCACUAAGUUCAAGCUCAAGUUCACGGACAUCGAGGUUUCCAAGUGGAGGAGUCGGGUUACUGGGCUUAGUAUUGUUCAUUUGGAUUACCAAGCUCCCCUCGUAAAUGGGUAUUUUGCUGUUGGGACAGAGAGUGCGUUUGUGUGUGACGAUCCUUGAAUCAAGUUUCUCAAAGCUUGCGUUGUCUCCAAUGUACCGCGUCACUGUUUCCAAUCGUCGUCCGCACAGUUUGGUGUUCAUGGGCUCGGAAAAGUACCCUUACAAGGGCAUCAUCGACCACUUGGCAAACCGAGGAUUCUCCAACGGAACUAAUGCUUGGACGGACAAUGACCACACGGCGUACACCGUUUCGACCGCUGGAGAACAAGGGUUCCUGCAAUUGUUACCGAUCUACGUGGACCACAUACUUUACCCCACAAUGACCAAGGCAGGCUUUGUCACCGAAGUGCAUCACAUCGACCCGAGUGGUGAAGAUUCUGGGGUCGUCUAUUCGGAAAUGCAAGGCCGGGAGAAUACUUCGGGGGAUUUGAUGGCUCUCAGACUGCAGCGCUUGCUCGACCCACCCGGAAGCGCCUACCGAAGUGAAACUGGUGGUCUGAUGGAGGCUUUGCGGGUAUUGACCGUCGAGCAAAUCCGUCAAUAUCAUGGCACUUACUACGUUCCCCACAAUCUGUCCUUGAUUGUUACCGGAAAACUGUCAAGUGGCACUGAAACGCUUCUAUCGGUCGUCCAAGAGAAAGUUGAGCCCAGCUUGAUUGCACAUGGACAGAACUUGGGGCCUCGACCCCCUGGCUGGAAGAGACCUUUUGUUGAAACACCCAGUGCCAUCCGGCCUCCGAUUGACGAAACUAUCAAGGACACCAUCGAGUUCCCUGAAAAGGACGAGAGCGUCGGCGAACUCAUCAUCAGCUGUCUCGGUCCUGCACCGAAUCAGUUUCUGGAGAGAAAGGCACUAGAUCUGCUUGGCUCGUACCUGACGUCGUCAGCCGUUGCUCCUCUGAACAAAGAGUACAUUGAGAUCGACUCGCCGCUGUGCACGUACAUCUACUUUGGAGAAGACACGCGAGCUACUGCACUUUACUUGCCAAUCUACGUAGGAUCGAUUCCCACGGAACAUAUCGACGACUUCGAUGUCCGUCUGAAGGACAGCCUUCGUCGGAUAGUGGCUGAGGGUUUGGAUAUGGAGCGGAUGACGAUGGUGAUUAGCCGGGAUGAGCGACAGCUGCGCAGCAAACUCGAGUCGUCUAAGGGCGAUACUUUCUCCGGAACUGUUAUCACCGACUUCUUGUAUGGAGCGGAAGAUGGUUCGGAACUGGAGGCGUCCAUGGAUGAGCUCAGUCAAUAUGCUGACUUGCGAAAAUGGACUAGCAAGCAAUGGACCGAUAUUCUCCAGAAGUACUACAUAGACCCGCACAACGUCGUUCUCAGAGGGAAGCCAUCAGCUGCUCUCGCCGAGAAAUUAGACACCGACGAGAAGGCUCGCAUCGCGGCCCAAGUCGCUCGUCUGGGACCUGAAGGACUGAAGAAAGCCGAGGAAGAACUCGCACAAGCCAAAGCCGAACAUGACACGCCUAUUCCAACCGAAAUGCUCCUCGACUUUGCUGUCCCGGAUGUCAAGAGCAUCGCGUUCAUCCCCGUUCAAAGCUUGCAGGAGGCGGGAACCGGCCGAUCCGGUGUCAAGCCAGCUUCUACCGAACUUGUCAAGCAUGUACAAGCUAACGGAGCCGCUUUGCCUUUCUUCGUUCAAUAUGAUCAUGUCGAGUCCGACUUUGUCAGUGUGCAAGGCUUCUUCUCUUUGGCCAACAUCCCGGAUCGCCUGCGACCACUGAUUUCUACGUACUUGUCGACUUUCUUCGCACUGCCCGUCAACCGACAGUCCGGCGAAAAGCUCACACACGAAAAUGUCGUGAACAUGCUCGACAACGAGACGGUUUCGUAUGAAGUGGGUUUGGGAAUGUCCAAUGUGUUUGCAGAGACGUUGCGGAUUAGCAUCAAAGUGGAACUGGCCAAUUACGCAGGAGCAGUCGCCUGGCUUAAAGACAUUCUGUACGGCGCAGUCUUUGACAAAGAAAGACUGCAAGUGACCAUCGCCAAGAUCCAGCAGUCGCUACCAGAGAUGAAGAGAGAUGGAAACACUGUUCUCAGCUCGUUAUGGGCAGAUCUGUUGCACGACGAGAACUCGACUUCAAGAGCUGGCGGAAUUUUGCCUCAAAUCGAAUACAUUCCAAAGUUGGUCAAGCGAUUGGCUGACAGCCCUGAAGAGGUCAUCGCAGAUCUCGAAGAGAUUCGCCGUUUUGUCACGGAUCCGAAGGGCAUUCGGUUCUCUGUCUCCGGAGAUGUUCUCAAAAUUAACUCUCCCCGAUCUCCAUGGUCGAAGUAUUUCGACUUACCAGAAACGGAAUUGGCGCCUGUACCACUGUCCUCGCAGACGCUGAGCCCGCUCGGCAAACAGCCUGUGUCAAAAGCUGUUGUGAUGAGCUUACCCACAAUCGAAAGCACGUUUUCGACCCACUCUGCCAAGGCUAUCUCCGGUUUCAACCACCCCGAAUACCCUGCGUUCAGAAUUGCAUUGGAAGUGCUCAACGCCACCGAAAGCUAUCUCUGGCGAUACAUCCGGGGCUCUGGGCUUGCCUACGGUGCAUAUGUGUCGUUGGACGUCGAGUCAGGUCUCUUGAGCUUCUCGCUCUACCGAAGCUCCAACAGCAUCAGCGCUUUCAAGGAAGCGUCGACAGUGCUGAAGGGAUUGGUCGAUGGCUCCAUAGACCUCGAGACCACGACUCUGGAUGCUGCCAAGAGCACCGUCGUGUAUGGUAUUGCCAAGGGUGUCUCCACACCCGGACGUGCGGCCAUGUCAUCUUUCAACAACCAAGCUCUCCGAGGGGUUCCGCAGAACCACCAGGUAGAGCUGCUUGAGAAGUACCAGGUGGUGACCAAGCAAGACGUGUUGGCCAUCUUUGGCAAGUACUUUUUGCCACUGUUCGAUCCAGCUUCCUCGGUCGCAAUUGUCGUGGCAGCCCCAGGGAAGGUGGACGGUAUCGUAGAGGGACUGUCCGCAACUGGCUUCCAAGUCGAACAGCGCUCUUUGGAAGUUGAUCCCAGUGAACUAGAGGAACAUGACAGCGACUGCAGCUCAUGCGAUUCAGAUAGCGAUUCGGAUAGCGACUAACCUGCCACAUGUAGAGGGCAUACAUCAUUACUACUGUACUCAAUCUAAUCCCCCAUUCGUCUCCUCGGUCAAAACCUCGAUCCGCUUUCCUUGGCUUGCUUGACCGGGCUUGAGUUCGACAUUUUCGAGAAAGUCGUUAUCCACCAAGAAGCGAAUGGCUUGCGACAGAUUCGAGACGGUAACGCGAAUCUCAGGAAGUAGUAACUGCCCUCCAUCAGUUUGAAAUUAUCGAGCAUCGACUUCACUCACGUUACGCAACAAAGUCGGCCGAGAUGCGAACUGAUUGCGAGGAGGAAGUUUUGGUUGCUGGGGUUUAUGCCGCUUCACCGGUUGCGGCAUAGAAACCUGUUGGUCGGGGACAGACGGAGGCUGAAAAGCAAGUUCUGCUUUCGAAGAGACGAUCUCCGGAGCACCAUCUUCAGACUCAUCAUCUGAGCUCGAUUCAGGCUCAACGCGGGGAGGAUGUUCCAUGGCUACGGGAGCACCGCCGCCUCUGCCUGUUCCACGACCUCUCCAGCCGGAAUCCACUCGGCCGCGUCCUCUCCAAGUAGAACCAGAUUCCCCGUCUAUACCCCGUCCUCUUCCUCUUCCUCGUCCUCUUCCCGUUCCGCCUCUUCCUCGCCCUCGACUGUCUCCGGAUCCUUGCUCGUCAUCCACCCGUCGGCGUUUCCGGGCUCCGAUUCCCACAUCCUCGAGUGAGAGCUGGCCGCGUGCGACGGCUUCCUCCAUUUUGCGUUUUUUGUCCUCGACGCGCUGCCCGGUGGGCCACCGUCGUUUGCGCUCCGCGAUCCAUGCUUCGAGCUGUUCGGGAGUAUCCAGGACGAUGGUUGUUCCCUGAAUAGGGAGUCGUUUUCUUGACGGCCGUGAGCAUCUGUCUUGGCACACGCAGACUGAGCCAGCCUACCCUUUGAGACUCGGAUCGGCAUCCCAAUCGUCCUGCUUUUUUCGUCUGUCCCAGCCGGGAGGGAAGAUGAGGUGCCGAUCCAUCAUGUGCGUCUCAACAGAGUGCUUAGAGCCUGUGAAUGUGCAUGCUUUGUAGGUACAACGGUUGUUUCCUGGUUGGAACCAUGAUCCAGAGGGCUUUGAAUUUGGCCGCACGGCUGGAGAUAUGGGCACGGAAAGAUGGUUGUAGGCUCCGGUAGGGAUUUGAGAGGGGCCCGCCGCUGGUUGCUGUUGCUGAUACGCUUGAGCGUAGUGAGAUGAAUAGUACACGGGCCACUGUUGUUGGUGCAUAACAAAAGUUUCCCGAUCACUGAUGCGAUUGAUGUCGGGAUAGUUGGCUCUACUUAGUUCACUUAGAGUUACAAAGUUGAUUCUUUUCUUGCAAUUACGAGGGCUGCACAACAUAUUACGCGUAUCGAGGAAUUACUACGUACACUACGUGACAGCGAGGGCGGAUGAUUUUCGGACGAGUCAAGGAAGACAAAAGGACGUAGAACGGAGGAGGGCAUGUAACCGAGUAUCCCUGGAGAAGGAACGACUACGGGUAGGACUCGGGGGUAGCUCGGUUUGCUCAUUCCUCCAACUCCUGUUGCUGCUGGUGAGAUUCCUUGUUGACACGGCGUUCUUUCUCGCUUUCGAGUUGGUUGUACAACCUGAGAGGAACAUCAGCGUCGGGGGAUCACGCGUGAAAGAAUGAGACUGACAAAAAGAGGGCCUUUUCAUUGGCCUCCGGCGUUCCAACGAUAGUAAACAUUCGCUCGCCAGUUUCAUCGUGAGGUGCUUUGGCGAUCGAGAUUUUGGAGCCAGACAGACGCCGGAUUUCGGUAAUCUUGGUUCCGCUCCUGCCAAUUAUGCAGCCGACCAUAUCCGAGGGAAUGGAGAUGUUUUGGGUACGUAAAUUAGUAGCUGGCUGAGACAGAACGGGCGAUUGAGCUGGCGGCGGCGAACCAGGGGGAGAAGAGCGGCCACGCUCGCCAUUCGCGCGGCGCGGGUUGUAGGAUGGAGGAGCCCCACUCACGGACCGUCGACCGGAUCUAUCGUCUCCAGUACCCGGAUGAAAGAGCACCGUGCCCAGGCCACGCUCCCAAUCUUCCAGAAGGCACUUGCCGAUCUCUUCGAUGGCGUGCCCAAUAGCUUCCGGGGUGCCUUGUACCUCGACGAUACGUUCCGUCGAUUGGGGCAACAUGUCUUUCGACGCGACCAUCCGCGUACCAGAAGCAUCUUGGAUAGCCUUGAUUUUUAAUCCAUUCCGGCCGAUUAUCGUGCCCAUAAGAUUGUGUGAGAUGAGCAGGCGGAUGGAGGUAUGGACGGAGGAAGACGUCGAAGAAAGGAUCGGAGAAGUCGGGUUGGUGGCCACGAGUUGCGAGAUUAUAAGGGAGUACGC